AAGCACUAAAAGCACGUCAUUUAUGUCCGAACGCCGAAUUGGGUCACAAAACGCGUCGCAUUCGCGAUGUUUCUCUUUGUCGUCGGUUUCGUUCUAUAUAUAGUCUUUUUAUGCCACUCUUUUGGCCAACAUUUCGACGCUCAACGCGUCCGCGAUUCGCGAGCAAUGGUUUUCCGUCUGCGAAACGUCUCGUCGCCCGACGUCUCCCGGAUGCCUCCAUUUGUCCAAAGAGGACAUUCGCUCAAAACCUCUGACCAUUUAUUAGACGAAAUGGAGGUUCCGGACGCCAGACGACGUCAGGACGACGACCGCACGACGCAAACACGACACGCCAUCUCUAAUACUCAGCGAUACCGCGGACGCGAAAAGCGCCGCCGAAUGCGCACUUCGACUACCAGCAGCACUACUACUUCUACUACAACGACGACGACAACAACAACGCCGGCACCAGAAUAUUACGAUUACGACGACUAUUACGACGAUUACGACUAUCACGUGACGACAACUACGACAACGACAACAACUGCUUCGCCUGGAAGACGACGUCAAAACCGUCGUCCGGGUAGACGAAGGUUUCGUCGUCCAACAGAAGCACCGACGACGACGACGACAACCACUUUGUCACCCAAUUAUAAGCAAAGACCCGACGGAAGAAUCAUUGACUAUUCAGCGGAUCCCAACUUCCCGUACGAACUUCGCGGCGCUGACCUCACGGAAUACCCGUUUUACGUGUCGAUUCCCGAAUCCAAGUUUUCGUGUUCGGGAAGACACGACGGAUAUUACGCUGAUAUCAGUCUGUUUUGUCAAGUGUAUCAUCACUGCGCUUCUGGACACCAAAGAUACGAUUUUUUGUGUCCGAAUUACACGCUCUUCGAUCAGACGACUUUCACGUGUCGUUUCGUAAAUACAGUCGAUUGUCUGAAUUCGGAAAACCAUUUCAACCGAAACAACGAAUUAUACGUCACAACAAUCCAAUCAACAAAUGCCGCGCGAGUGACCAACGCCACCACGUGACCCGAUUUAUUAGACUGUAAAUAGCAUUAAAACUGAUU